AUGUCAGAAAUUCUUAAAGAAAAACAUGUCAAAUUCUUUAGGCGGUGCAUAAAUAUGUGGCCCGAGGCGUAUGAGGCCCACGACUCAAACAAGAUGGCAAUCGUGUAUUUUUCACUCGCAGGGCUAGACGUUCUCGGAGCUUUGCACAAAGAAAAAGGCGAUGACGGAUACGAGAAGUAUGAAAUUGAGAGAAGAGAGGCGAUUGAUUGGGUUUACUCUCAUUUGGUACCGAGUGGAAGUGGGUUUAGAGGAAGUUUCACAUAUGAUCUGGGUACCCAAGACGAGUCAGGGUCCUAUGACCCACCAAACCUGGCUGCAACAGGCUUUGCACUCCAGAUUCUGCUCACGUUAAGGGACGAGAGCAUGAAGGAACGACUAGAUAAAGAGAAGAUUAUGGGUUUUGUGAAAAGUUGUCAGCAAUCAGACGGUCAGUUCUGUCCUAUCGUUGACGUUGACGGUCAGCCCUUUGGAGACACAGACUUGAGAUAUUGCAUGAUUGCUGCCACGAUACGAAAAAUCCUGAAAUACCAGUCUGGAGGUGCUAGCGAUAUCAAUAUAGAGAUGCUAUCGAAAUUCACUCUUUCGACCAUGGGAUGUGAUGGUGGAAUGGCUAGCACUGCACUGACUCUCGGGGAGUCGCAUGCUGGUUUGACAUUCUGUGGUCUCAAUACACUCGCUCUAUUGGGGAAGUUGGACCUGGAAGAUAAGAGAUGGGAUGACACUGUUGAUUGGCUGGUACAUAGACAGAUAUCUGCAGAUAUGGCAGUUGACAGUCUCGAUGCCGGAGGCUUCAAUGGAAGAGAGAACAAGAGGGCAGAUACGUGCUAUGUUUUCUGGGUUCUUGGGUCCUUGGUAGUCUUGGGUAAUAAGGAGGUACUCAUAGAUGUGGAAUCGGCUAAGGUUUUUCUUCUGGACCACAUGCAAGACACAUUACUGGGAGGGUUCGCCAAAGGGCAUGGGGAAACACCUGACCCAUACCAUUCGUUCUUGGGAUUAGCAGCAUUGAGCAUUCUAAAAGCCAAAGGUCUACAGAGUGUGGACGUCGAGUUGGUUAUUACAAAAGGCGCUAAAGAGUUCUAUGAAACGGCUAUAUAA